AUGGGGUCACCUGUAAAAGCUCGAGAAUGGGAGAAAACACUCAAAGUCAAGUGUCGACUGUGUGGUGGGUUGCGUUGCAAGCGAUGCAGUGAAAGUGCAGCACUGGCGAAACAGGAUUCCCCUGUAAAGGGGUUGCAUGCUGACUGGGUGGCCGAUUGCGCCUUGGCAAUGAUGCGUCCGUCCUCACGCCUCAUGAACGAAUACAAAAUCGCCGAGCAAUUCCACAAACUGAAUAUCACAGCUGUCUUCAACUUGACACUUCCUGGUGAACAUCCUUAUUGUGGUGACGGUCUUGGCACCAGUGGCUUCCCGUAUGACCCUGAAAAGGAUCUUAUGGCUGAAAACAUUCGGUUCUACAACUUUGGUUGGGAAGAUAUGACGACGCCGGCAUUGGCAUUCAUGAUGGACAUCGUCAAGGUCAUCGCUUCCGUUUUACUCACGGGUCGUCAUAAAGUAGCUGUGCAUUGUCAUGCUGGCUAUGGACGCACUGGAAUUGCCAUUGCCUGUGCUCUCAUCUUCCUCCACAAUAUCCCACCUGAGCUAGCAAUUCGUUUAGUGCGUCGAGAUCGUCCUGGGUCCGUCCAGACGGCUGGCCAAGUUCAAUUCGUGCAUGAUUUCCACGCAUACCUCAACGCCGCUCGCGUUGUGUUCGCCUUGCCAACAAUUCAUGAUCGAUUUACACUUGCAGAGACUGUGGAGCAUCAGAAUCGUCGUCUACAUGGUGCAGGUGCGGUAAACUCGAGCUUACCGAGAGUGCUUGACUUCCUCUGCGCUGAAGUGGAAGGCGCAAUAACCGCAUCUUCCGACGUCGUGACAGUUGCUUCGGCUUUCGUCAAUCAUCUGUGCGUUCGUCAGCAAGAAGCUUGGCCCCGAACGAUCGAAUGUACCAAAGAGUCCUAUCGUCCCACAUCCUCGGACAACGCUGAACUACUUGAUCGGCAUCGACAGUUUAUCGGGGCAGUAGCGAACGAGUCUUUUAAGGACAACGACGGCAUUUCUUUUGAUACCAUUGAACCUCCCGAGCCUGCAACCAGAGAACUACUCUUCCCAAUUAAAGUCGGCUUCAACGUCGGUGAAUGGAACUGGGAACAAGCCUCAGCGUCGUGUCCGAAUGCCUCGACUCGCGCGGUUUUACUGCUUGACUGGCUCGAACAUCUACGAGAGCCUUUAGUAAGCAGCCAACUCGUAGAGAAACUGUUGCAUGUAUCCCCAGUGCCACCGUUAAAACUCCCCACAACAACCUCUGGCCACCCUGGUGCGAUACAACAUGCUCGAAGCGAAAGCGAAACUCUCGGCAACACGAGUAACAGCAACUACCAGUUCCAAGGCCUUCACCAACUACCAGCAUACGCCAUGCGAUCUCUGGAUCGAAUUCUGUCUUGUAUGCGUGUUCUCCAAGCUAAAUUGGAGCCAUUCGCGACAGGAGACAUGCUGUUUGAUGCAGUUUGUGUACGCACUGCGAUGGCUUUAUUCCAUCUCUCUUCUACUAGCUGCACAACGUCUUCACUGCGACGGCAUGCGGAUUGUGUCGCACUGUUACUUGAUAAGUGGCAUACACCUAAGCGACUAGAACUCAACUUGGAAUCGCUACAAAAGCUCAGCGUCCAUAGACCUUCCACUUGUCGUCUCACUCAUUCGGCCAGCACUCUCAGCUACAGCUCCGAGACCGACACGACAUACGCAAGACCCAGUAUUUCCUGUGGUGCUAUCAUUACAUCUUCACCACGACCAUCGCCACGCCCAUCGUCUCCAGUCAAAGUCGACCCUCUAUUAGCCAGCGUCAGACGAGAGGAGGAUGACAAACCAUUGUGUCUAUCACUACCGUCAACACCAAAGAAGAUGGAUCUAAGUCCGUUAGCAACACAACUACUACCAGAGAAAGACUCGGAGCUAAGCGACGACAGCUUUGGGAUGACCUUCUCGACCGAGUUCACAGCUAGCAACGUCAGUCUCCAGCUGGAUUCGUCUGCACUGCCAAGUGUACGUGACGGAGGACGCUACAGCAGAAGGUCAGGGAGUAUUGUUAAAUAG